AUGCUACCAAAUCAUUUUCUUAGCGAAGAUGGGGUAGGGCGAGCUUUUUUUAAAUUUUAAAAUUGGUUCAGAAAAAAAAUUGUUGGUAUUCUCAGUCAGUCAGAAAACUAAUUUUUGAACCAUUGACUUUUAAAUAAUUUAUUUUUAUACAUCCUAGAUAUUUAUCUAUUACGAAGAAAACUGUUUGAAAAAUAUUCCCUACCCUUCCUCCCUCAGCAUUGUCAGAUUAAAGCUUUUUUUUCCUCGCCCCAAUCUUUUCUCGAAAAGGGUGAAGAAGCAUGGCGGACCGAUUGCACAUAUGAAUCUUGAAAAAAUUCCAAAUUCUGUGACGGUUAGAAUGUUAUCCUCUAGACUAUUGUUCCAUACAAGUAGUCGAUGUUCCACACCCUGCUUUCAAAUCAACGCUAAGACAAAGCAAAUUGUACAAUUUCGAUUCGUUCACGGGACAAAUAUUCUCAACAACCGGAACUUGCCUGAUCAGUGGUUCUCGAAGAUUUCUAAUGCCGUUUCCAUCAAGAGUGAACGUGCGGUGAAAAAUUCUUACGAGAAAGUUGGCGGGCUCUUUCAAGCCUUGGAUGAUCUUUUAGGGAUCUCCGAUGUACAAGAAGCUCAGACAGGUGUGAAAAAGGCAGAAAAUGAAUUUAUGUCUACCCGGGGUAAAGUGCAGUCCGCGAAAUCAAACCUGAAUUCAGCGCAAGAAAAGCUAAGGGACAUUCGCUGUAAGUUAGACCGGAUUCCUCGAGACGACGAACGUUAUCUAGCUUUAGCGACAGAAGAACACAAGGUUCUGCUGGAGGAAAAAAAGUUGAAAGGUGAAUACGAAGAUUUGGAAGCUGUGGAAAGAGACCAGUUUGCAAUCUUGUCAGGAGCUGUGAGGGACUCCCACGAGAAAGAAAGGGCGAGAGUGGAAAGGACUAAACACUGGUCUGUGAUUGGCUCUAUUGGUGGUGCCGCACUUGGUAUGUUGUAUGCUGGCCCUAAGCCCUAUCACUGUGAAUAGUUAUCAAAAGGGAAUUUUUCCUCAAAAGAUUGAUAUGCUUUCAGUCUGAAAAAUGGUAAGAUGUUAUGAAAAUGUAAACCAGGGAAUAUAGUUUGAUUUAACAAGAAAUUCUCAAAUCUAAUAUUAUGAAAAAUUUAUUGCAGACAGUAGUGAGAAUUGAUACUCAGAUCAUGGGAGUGAAAGCUUGGACAAAGAAGAUCUGGCAUAAAACAGGGCACCUGGGCCAGUCUUAAGGGUGUGGCAGAAGUCAACAAGAUUGAAUAUACGAAGAAUCACUUUCAAGUGCAUUGCAUGUAAUUUUAUAUGCACUUGUCAUGCAGCAAUAUUGCAGUAGUAGAGCAUUUUAGUUUUGUUGUGGCUGUACAACUCUAAUAGGUCCAGUGAGUAUAUAUUUGCAAGUUAGUUAGGAGACUGAGCUUUCAGAUCUUAGGAGUCUAAGAGGUAAAUAACUCUGAUUUGUUGUAAUUUUACCUGUUGACAUUUUCCUUUAUUUUCAGGAAUCUUAGGCUCAACUCUGGUGAACUACAUCCGCUUGAAGCAAAUCAAGAACUCCAUCAAGGAAACUGGGAACACAUUGAUAGGAAAGACUGAUGAGCUUGCUGAUCUAGUAAAAGGACAGGAAGAUCAAAUAGGGAGCCAGACAAAAGAUUUAAAGGAAUCUUUAUCUACACAAAGUAAAUUAUUAGAGCAAAAAUUUGAAGAGUUGGCAGGCUUGUUAAACCUACUUACUCUAAAUUUAAUUUCGGAUCCUUUAAAGGACUUGGGAAUCCAUGUUCAACCAGCUUUGGAUCCUGAGCAUUUUAAGAGUGCACACUCUCCCAUGAGUCAAAACCAAGGUAAUAUUGAAGAGCUGAUAAACAGUGUUGUAUCAAGAAUUGACUCAGUUCUAGAGGUCUUGAAAAUUGAUCGGUAUGAAAUGAAGGAAGAUUUGAAGACAUUACAACAAAGCAUAGUUACACUCGACAGUUCUGUUCUUCACUGCAAAGAGAGAACUGUUGAGGAGCUAGACAGACUUGUUAAGUCCUUUAAAGAUAGGUCUCUUUCUACCAGUGACUCUGUGGAACCUUCAACACAGCAUGUACCUGACAAAUUUGCUGAAAAUACACAGUGGUGGACCAAGGCAAGUACAUUUACAUCACUAUUAUGUACUGUAUUAACAGCUUCUGUUCUUGUAAAUGAGUUUUUCAAAUAA